CUUUCCUGGUGUUGCUCUAAAGGGGCGAGGCUUCUCCCAACUUCGGGAGAAAAGUAUUAGAAUUCCAUAUCCGUUUUAGGGAGUGGACUGUGAUUUUUUUUUCUCCACGUUUUCGUCACUUCCAACUCACUUUCAUUUCCACGUCAACUCGGAAAGUUUUAACGCCACACUGGAGUAAAGUUUUCUCCGACAAUGGCUUCUUCUCCUCAAAAGUCACCGUCUUCUCCCAAAUCCCCGACGACGCCUAAAUCCCCCUCUUCCAGAAAGAAAGAUGACUCUUUCCUGGGAAAACUUGGUGGGACUUUGGCAAGGAGAAAGAAAGCUAAAGAAGUGUCGGAGCUUCAGGAAGAGGGAAUAAAUGCCAUCAACCUUCCUCUCAGUCCCACCUACUAUGAGCUGGACCCUGAGGACACCAUGCUAGAGGAGAACGAGGUGAGGACCAUGGUGGAUCCAAACUCCAAGAACGACCGCAAACUGCAGGAGUUGAUGAAGGUGUUGAUCGACUGGAUAAAUGAUGUUCUUGUUGGAGAGAGGAUCAUCGUGAAGGAUCUGGCUGAAGAUCUAUAUGAUGGACAGGUGCUUCAGAAACUAUUUGAAAAGCUGGAAGGGGAGAAACUCAAUGUGGCAGAGGUGACCCAGUCAGAGAUUGCCCAAAAACAGAAGCUGCAGACAGUUUUAGAACGCAUCAACGACUCCCUCAAACUGUCCACCAGGAACAUACGCUGGAAUGUUGACUCGGUUCACGCAAAGAGCAUCGUCGCCAUUCUGCACCUGCUGGUGGCGUUGUCGCAACACUUCAGAGCACCAAUCAGAUUGCCAGACCAUGUUUCCAUUCACGUAGUCGUGGUCCAGAAAAGAGAGGGCAUCCUCCAAUCCAAACAAAUUCAAGAAGAAAUCACUGGCAACACAGAGGCUUUCUCUGGACGACAUGAGCGCGAUGCUUUCGACACCCUGUUCGACCACGCUCCGGAUAAACUGAAUGUUGUCAAAAAGACGCUGAUCACAUUUGUGAACAAACACUUGAACAAGCUUAACUUGGAGGUGUCGGAAUUGGAAACACAGUUUGCAGACGGUGUUUAUCUGGUGUUACUGAUGGGGCUGCUGGAGGGAUAUUUUGUGCCACUCUACAACUUCUUCCUCACACCUGAAAAUUUCGACCAAAAGGUACAUAAUGUGUCCUUCUCCUUUGAGCUGAUGCAGGAUGGAGGUCUGGAGCGACCAAAGCCAAGGCCAGAGGAUAUAGUGAACUGUGACCUUAAGUCAACCCUGCGUGUCCUCUACAACCUCUUCACCAGGUACAGGAAUGUAGACUGAGGACACAAGUAACAAGAGGGACACUUUUUUUUCCCUUUUUAACCAUGGACCACACUCUAAAGCUUAAAAAUAUAUAUAUAUUUUUUGUCAAAAUUUAUCAGAAUUUGUGCAUUAUACAUCUUAGAGCAUCCUCACACUAGGCCACUUGUGCGGUACGUUUGACUUGUUUGGUCACGAUUCCAUGCACAUCCAUACAAUGACCGCAAUGUGAUCACGCUAUGCAGAUUCUAAACCAACACACUUAAUAAUGCUUACACACCAAAUCCGAGAUGCGCAAACUUUUUGACUUAUGGGCCACAUUGGGUUAAAAAAUUUGGCAGAGGGGCCAGCAAACAGAACAACAUACUUGCUCACGGUGCAACGAAAGGAAAACACUACACAUCCACAUCACAUAAAUCAAUAACUACGUGAGUGAUAAACAGCAACUAAGCAGUAAACAUAACACUUAACUUAAAACUGUUAUUUCGGAAUGCCCACAAGGCAUGCUGGGAACAACACGAUGAACCAUGAACAAUGAAACAACAGUACACUCAGAACUCCUCAUUUUUUUAUUUCUCUGAUGACCUACUCAAGGAAAAUGUUAGGAGAAAGACUACCGCAAGCUACCCAGCAUGCCUUGCGGCAGCACAAAAUAAACGUUUUUUUUAAUGUGGGUAUUUACUGCAUUUGUAUGCCCACAUGUUGCAAUAGGUAGGUUACUUUAUGCGUCAUGUGUUGACGUGUUCUGUUUUUGGAUGAUAUUUUUUUUGUACAAAAAACAACUCAAGCGUGCCCCAAUAGUACAGCAAGUCAUGUUACCUGAAACAGUUUUGAUUGUUAAAGGUUUAGAAAAAAGACACUCGGUGCACCUGAUGUGGCCCACGGGCCGCAGUUUGCUCACCACUGCCCUAAAUUCUAAAUCCAAAAUCACUUUUUUGUGGCCAAGAGACCUGAUACAAUUUAAAAUAUGAGCUAAACACCCUAAGCAAUGAAUAAUUGUCUAUAAAUAUAAAUAUGUCACAUUGUAUUUAUUAUACAUUUUGAUACACAAGUGCCUGCUUUGUUUCUACUUCCAUUACUUAAUAAUGUGAUGAACACACUCCAGGAUUUUAACAGAAAAUAAACUUUGCUUUUACAGUAGUUGAAAUUUGACCAAAGUUCACUUGCAUCGGGGCUUCUUUACUACAAAGCAGUUGCUUAAAACGUCUUUCUGACUGCUUCCAUACCCCCUGAUAGAGCGAUUAUCGACCUGGCAUUUUGACACAUAUCGACAUCUGCCUUGCUUUUAAAUUUGAUGACCGAAGAAGCGGUCUCAUUUUAAAACUGGCUUAUUUUGGCUCUGUCCAUCAGCAAUGAAAGCUGUGCAUGCAUAGUGAAGACGCUCGCUAGAACAGUAUGUAUAUGUUCACAAAUAAUAAUGUAGAUCAGGGGUCACCAACCUUUUUGAGGCCAAGGGGCUACUUUGUGAGCACGGAUAGUAUGAACGGCCACAUGACCUGUUUGAGGUGAACUUCCAAUGUUAAUUAUUUUCCACAAUAAUGGUAACAAAAACAUAUUUUUUUUUAACAAGAAACAUUUAUUUAUGUGCUCAUAUAUUUGAAAGUCAGAGGGAACACCUUUCUGUGAUUUUUUUUCACCUGCUUAGUGAAAAAAAGUCCUUUGUUUGUCCAAUGCUGCCUUUAACAAACGGGCCUUUUUCCGUCCUUAAUGCGCUGCCGGGUGGGUAGCUCGCAUUGAAGCUUUCGUGACAAGUUUUUAAGUGUCUUUCCACAUUGUGCUGCUUUGCUAUAUUGCAACAGUCGUCCCGAAAAUAAGACACAUACAUUUUUCUUUAAAAUACGUAAAGUAAAAUUCUUCCUCCCAAUCACUGUGGAAAAUGUAAGUCCUUUUUUUUGCUUUUCUGUCAUGUUUUUGGGGUCUAAACUGCUCGAGUAAGCUAACUCCUCAUCAUCGCUGCACUAUAUCGAAAAAGCGGUGAGCGGACGCGUGCGCACACAUGAACUUUGACUUGAGGUAAGAGUUUGUUAUAAAAUAUGUUUUAUUUUAUUUUAAUUUUUUUUUAAUAUUUUUUAAUUUUUUUAUAUAUUUUUUAUUUUGUUUUAAUUUUUGAUGUUAUAAGACGAUUAAGAAAAAUACAUUAAUGUAAGCAAUUCUGAUUAAAAAUUUUAAGCACAAAAUAACAAUGAUAAUUUGUGGCCGGUGCUAUUUUUAGAAGAUGCCCGCGGGCACAGCGUUGGUGACCCCUGAUGUAGACAUUUGACUGAGUGCAUGGCCUGAUCAUAAUCUGACCAUCAUUUCAUAUUUCUUAACAUAAUGAUUGAAUUUGUAAUAUACUGUAUGUUAAGCAAAAGAUGGAAUGGGUAAGGUAACUUAUCAAUGCUGUCUAUGAUGUAUCUACUGUAUUUAUGUAUUAAUCUAUGGCAUUUAAUAAAUAGUUUAAUCCACAAAAUAAACAGGUGAG